CCUGAGGCCUUGCCGCCCCUCGGACCAUGUUUAACGGAGAGCCGGGUCCGGCCUCGGCCGCGGCCUCCAGGAAUGUGGUUCGGAGCUCCAGCAUCAGUGGUGAAAUCUGCGGCCCCCAGCAGGCUGGGGGUGGGACCGGGACCACCACGGCCAAGAAGCGGCGCAGCAGCCUUGGGGCCAAGAUGGUGGCCAUUGUGGGCCUGACCCAGUGGAGCAAGAGCACGCUGCAGCUGCCCCCGUCUGAAGGGGCCACCAAGAAGCUGCGCAGCAACAUCCGGCGGAGCACAGAGACGGGCAUCGCGGUGGAGAUGCGGAGUCGGGUCACACGCCAGGGCAGCCGGGAGUCCACAGAUGGGAGCACCAACAGCAACAGCUCCGAGGGCACGUUCAUUUUCCCCACCACUCGGCUUGGGGCUGAAAGCCAGUUCAGUGAUUUCCUGGAUGGGCUGGGGCCAGCCCAGAUUGUGGGGCGACAGACAUUGGCGACGCCACCGAUGGGGGACGUGCACAUUGCCAUCAUGGACCGCAGUGGCCAGCUAGAGGUGGAAGUGAUUGAGGCUCGGGGCCUGACCCCCAAACCAGGCUCCAAAUCCCUCCCAGCCACCUAUAUCAAGGUUUACCUGCUUGAGAACGGGGCCUGCUUGGCCAAAAAGAAGACAAAGGUGGCCAAGAAGACCUGUGACCCCCUGUACCAGCAGGCUCUGCUCUUCGAUGAGGGGCCCCAGGGCAAGGUGCUGCAGGUGAUUGUCUGGGGAGACUACGGCCGCAUGGACCACAAAUGCUUCAUGGGCAUGGCCCAGAUCAUGCUGGACGAGCUGGACCUGAGUGCCGCGGUCACGGGCUGGUACAAACUCUUCCCCACGUCCUCAGUGGCAGACUCUACACUUGGAUCCCUCACCAGGCGCCUGUCCCAGUCCUCCCUGGAGAGUGCCACCAGCCCCUCGUGCUCCUAAGGACCUCAGAAGAGGCCGGGAGGCAGUGUGGGAAGGGGUGCCUGACGGCCCCUCC